AACCCCCCACCUUCACACAUAUUUUCUCAACUGGGGAAGGAAACCUCGAGCUGAGAAAAAAUGAAGCUGUCCACUGUGGGUGCUGCUUUGCUGAUUUCCAUGCUCUGCAUUCUUGCUCAGCAUGGCCAUGCUCAUUAUGGUGGUUACUGGGAUCAACACGGACCAUAUCAUUCACAUGGCCACCACGGUCAUUACCAUUGGCACUAUGAUCCUCCUCCUCCUCCUCCUCCUCCUCCUCCUCCUCCAAGGUGCCCCAGCUCUCGUCGACAAGCCUACACUGCUCCUGCUGAACCCAAUGCUGUUCUUGUUCAACCCUACAAUUCUCCUGCUCCACAACCCUACAGUGCUGCUGCUCAACAGCCCUAUCCUGUUCUUGUUCAACAACCCAAUCCUGUUCCUGCUCAACAACUCUAUGCUGUUCCUGUUCAACAUGCCUACGGUGCUCCUAAUCCACAAGUCUACGCUGCUUCUGCUCCACAACUUUACGGUUCUCCUCCACAAAGCAACACUGUUGCAGGUACUGCUCAACAACCUUCAUCUUUCCUUGCUCAACCAUCUUGGCCUGCUGUCCCACCUGCGUCCGGCACACCACAGCCUAACAAUGCGAAUCCACCUAAUUUGGUCACAAAUAGCUUCCCUGGUUCAGUUCCCCAACAACCUUUCCCUGCACAAUCUUUGCCUGCUGCCCAAGUACAAGCUGUUCCCUCUGCUUUGGCUAGUCCUCAAUAUUCUGCUGGUGCUGGAUUUCCCCCUGCACAAGUUGCCUCGGGUGCCUUUCCACAGUCUGUCUCGGGUGCCUUUCCACAGUCUGUCUCGGGUGCCUUUCCACAGUCUGCCUCAGCUCCCUUUCCACAGUCUUCCUUGGGUGCCUUUCCACAACCUGACCCUGCUACCUUAGUUUCACCCAGUGUUCAACCCUCUGAUACAUCUGGAUUGUCUUUGUCUGCAUCUGGAACACCUGGUCCCUUUGCACAACCUCCUCCUGCUUCCUUAGUUCCAUCCAGUGCUCAGCCCUCUGAUACAUCUGGAUUGUCUUUGUCUGCAUCUGAAACACCUGGUCCCUUUGCACAACUUCUUUCUGCUUCCUCAGUUCCAUCCAGUGCUCAGCCCUCUGAUACAUCUGGAUUGUCUUUGUCUGCAUCUGAAACACCUGGUCCCUUUGCACAACCUCCUCCUGCUUCCUCAGUUCCAUCCAGUGCUCAGCCCUCUGAUACAUCUGGAUUGUCUUUGUCUGCCUCUGGAAAGCCUGUUGCACAAUCCAGCCUUGCUACCUUACUUUCACCUGGUACAUCCGGAUUGUCUCUGUCUGCUCCAUCUGGAACAUCUGGCUGAAACGACUUCUGCCAUCUAAAGUAAAUCAAAGCAUCUCAGUAUGAAGAUGUACACCAAUUCAUCAACUGCAUUUGUCAAAAAUCAUCCCUCCAACACUUUCUCUUUCUGGCUUCCAUAUCAAAGGGGAAAUGCUACUUUCUUCAGAGAAGGGUUCCAGCAAUAUUUCUUUCUGUUGAUUUGAGGACACUUUCUCUUAAUUGUGAAUACUGGUUAACACUGGCUUUCUCUACAAAAAAAAAUACAAAUAAAUAUGUUCAGCAUUAUCA